GACUAGAAAGUACCAGGACUGAACCUCAUCCCCUGGAGCUUCCUGUCACUUUUCACUUUUAUCAGAAUGCAAAUACUUUUAGUCUUCGCACUUUUUCUCUUUGCGCGUAACUUGACCGGAGCCGCGCGUCCUGACAAGUGCGCGUCCCGGUGCGACACGAGCCUGUGCCCGAGCCCCAGCUGUCCGGGCGGGUACGUCCCGGACCGGUGCAACUGCUGUCUGGUGUGCUCACCGGCUGAGGGGGACCCCUGCGGCCGCAAAAACAGCCUGCCCUGCGGCGACGGUCUGGAGUGUAAGCCGCUGGGCCCGGGGAGGAGGCGAGGGGGGUCCAAGGGGGUCUGCAGGUGCACGAGCCAGCAGGAGGUGUGCGCGAGCGACGGGAGGACCUACGGGAACGUGUGCAAGAUGAAGGCGGCCAGCAGGAGAGCCCAGCAGAGAGGGAGCAAGGAAAUCACCCAAGAACACCUGGGCUGCUGCUCAGCUCCAGGGGCAGGUUGUUCCCUGGAUCAUCCCAACAGCCCUCGCUACAAGUUCAAUUUCAUUGCUGAUGUAGUGGAGAAAAUAGCUCCUGCUGUCGUCCACAUUGAACUCUUUGUAAGACACCCUCUGUUUGGCCGACAUAUGCGCCUCUCCAGCGGCUCCGGAUUCAUUGUAACCCACUCUGGUGUGAUUGUCACUAAUGCUCACGUGGUAACCACAGCGACCACAGUGACAGGGAGGCCCCAGUUACGCGUUCAGCUCCACGACGGUGACGCAUACGACGCCAUGGUCAGGGAAGUGGACAGGAAAGCCGACAUCGCUACUAUUAAGGUCAAUCCUCAGAAAAAGCUUCCUGUGCUGUCUGUGGGACGCUCGUCUGACCUGAGGCCGGGGGAGUUCGUCGUUGCCAUCGGCAGUCCUUUUGCCCUGCAGAACACCGUCACCACCGGCAUCGUCAGCACCGCCCAGAGAGACGGCAAAGAGCUGGGCAUCAAGGACUCAGACAUGGACUACAUCCAGACUGAUGCCAUUAUUAAUUACGGCAAUUCAGGAGGGCCUCUUGUUAAUUUGGAUGGCGAGGUUAUCGGCAUCAACACUCUUAAAGUGACAGCAGGAAUCUCUUUUGCGAUUCCCUCAGACAGGAUCAGCCGCUUCCUGGCAGAGUCUCAAACCAAACACAGCAAAGCACUGGAGUCCAAGUCUGAACGAGACAAAGAAAAAAGCCGCUUACAAAGAGGAUUUACAGAGGAGCCGCAGUCUGAUGCAGAAGCAUCUGGAGGAAAGAGGAGGUUUUUAGGGAUCAGGAUGCUCACAGUCACUAAAGUUCUAGUAGCAGAGUUGAGACGUCAGAACCCAGGCUUUCCUGAAGUCAGCAGUGGCGUUUUAGUGCGACAAGUCAUACCUAACACUCCAGCAGAAAAUGGAGGCAUACAGGAAGGGGAUGUUAUAGUCAAAGUAAAUGGACACCCUGUCCAGACUAUUGAUGACAUCUGGGAGGCGUUACAGGGUCACCAGCCUCUCCUGCUCGAAAUUCGCCGAGGCAACGAUGACUUACUGUUCAACAUCCACCCACAGGUCUUGCCAAGACAUACCGUCACUGGAGAGCACCAGACUACUUGAGCAGGCAGAGGACGCAGCUGUUUGUCCUUAUAGAGACAAAACUCAUCAUCGCAUUAAAACUCAGUCUGUGAAUCAAAAUAUCUCCUGUUUUGUAUAUCA